CGCAGGCGCAGUGUCCCCGGGCCAAGAUGGCGGCGCGGUGCUCCCCACGCUGGUUGCUGGUGGCUGUGGGGACCCCGUGGCUGCCGGCUGCAGCGAGGAGAGGGGCCCGGCCGCCCUUGGGGGUUGCGGUGGGGGCGUCGCUCGGGCGGAAUCUGAGCGUCACCGCUUUCGCGUCUUCGCUCGGAGCUCGCGGUGCCCGGGCGCUGCUGACAUUGAGACCCGGUGUCAGCCUCACAGGAGUAAAAAGUUCCCCUUCUGUUUGUACUGCCUUCUUUCACACGAGCGCCACUUUGUCCAAAGAGGAUUAUUACCAGAUAUUAGGAGUGCCCCGAAGUGCCAGCCAGAAGGAGAUCAAGAAGGCCUAUUACCAGCUUGCCAAGAAGUAUCACCCAGACACGAAUAAGGAUGACCCCAAAGCCAAGGAGAAGUUCUCCCAGCUGGCCGAGGCCUAUGAGGUCCUGAGUGACGAAGUGAAGAGGAAGCAGUAUGACACGUAUGGCUCUGCCGGCUUCGAUGCCGGGGCGGGCGGCUCAGGACAGGGCUACUGGAAGGGAGGCCCCACCGUGGACCCAGAGGAGCUCUUCAGGAAGAUCUUCGGGGAGUUCUCCUCCUCCCCUUUUGGAGAUUUCCAGGGUGUGUUCAAUCAGCCUCAGGAGUACAUCAUGGAGCUGACCUUCAAUCAAGCCGCCAAGGGCGUCAACAAGGAGUUCACGGUGAACAUGACCGACACCUGUGAGCGGUGCGAUGGCAAAGGCAAUGAGCCCGGCACGAAGCUGCAGCACUGCCACUACUGCGGUGGCUCCGGCAUGGAAACCAUAAACACGGGCCCUUUUGUGAUGCGCUCCACGUGUCGGAGGUGCGGGGGCCGCGGCUCCAUCAUCACGUCCCCCUGCGUGGUGUGCAGGGGCACAGGACAAGCCAAGCAGAAGAAGAAAGUGAUGAUCCCCGUGCCUGCCGGAGUCGAGGAUGGCCAGACUGUGAGGAUGCCUGUAGGAAAAAGAGAAAUUUUCAUCACAUUCAGGGUGCAGAAAAGCCCCGUGUUCCGGAGGGACGGCGCCGACAUCCACUCCGACCUCUUUAUCUCCAUAGCACAGGCGCUUCUCGGGGGCACGGCCAGGGCGCAGGGCCUGUACGAGACAAUCAAUGUGACGAUCCCCGCUGGGAUUCAGACAGACCAGAAGAUUCGGUUGAGUGGGAAAGGCAUCCCCCGGAUCAACAGCUACGGCUACGGCGACCACUACAUUCACGUCAAGAUCCGAGUUCCCAGGAGACUGACAAGCCGGCAGCAGAGCCUGAUCCUGAGCUAUGCCGAGGACGAGACCGACGUGGAGGGAACGGUGAAUGGCGUCACGAACACGAGCACUGGUGGCAGCACCAUGGAUAGCUCCGCAGGAGGCAAGGCUAGGCCCCAGGCUGGGGAGGACAAGGAGGGAUUCCUUUCCAAACUUAAGAAAAUGUUUACCUCCUGAUAUCCCAGCCGAGGAAAACGGUCCACUGGAAACUAGGCCACAGGCAACAGCCCCUCCUCGUGGCCAGGGCACCUCGGAGGAUCCCACACAGCAGCACGGGGCCCGCCUGCAGAGGCCUCCGGACAGCCUGGCAACAGCCAAACCAUGUGACAACUCACGUCUCCACGGAAGCCCCUGUGGACGGCCCCUGGGCAGUCGGCACGGCAUGCCUAAGGGCCGGUGGUUUCCUGUCCAUGGGUAGGUACACGUGGCCUUGCCUGGCUCAGGCAGAGUCGGACAGCUGGACCCUCCUUGCAGAGCUCAGACUCUCAUUGAAUCGGAUGUGGUGGAGAUCUUAGUUAAUGAAUUAAAGGCCAUGCUUACAGCUUAAAAACGAAGCCUUAAGCUGCACUGACUUGUAGAGUGAUUGAUUUCUCUCUCAGCAAAGCUCCGGGGUGUUCCAGAGUGAGUCUUUCCUGAUCAGGUGUCUUUUCCAGGAACCUGGGGCCUGCACGCCCUGCUGGUGUCGUCCCCCCUCAGCAGGGGUGUCCCCUGGCCCUUCUUGGAGUCUGUUUUGAUUCCCAAAGGUACCAAGUGGCCGGAACCUGGGGGCCUUGGGGGCCCGAGUGACAUGGAUGAAGAGGGUCCCUGGCUAUGGCCCUCUUGACCAUGUGGGCCGCGAUCCCUGUCAGGCCGCUUGCCCCCGAUGUUGAGGUCUGUUCUAAGCCGGGCGUGAGCAGCGCUCCGGCCCCUCUGCUGGACCACAGGCGGCCGUGGCCGGGGGCUCGACUAACGGCCUUUGCUCCGAGCCCUGCCCGCUGCCUGCCGGGGCCUGGUUCUCCCCCCCCCACACUGUUGACCUCUGUUUUCAGAAGUGUGUUUAAAUUAUUCAGUGCUAAGAAUCAUAGUCCUUUCCUUUAUAGAUGUUCGUUCAGAAAAGGAAAGCAGCAGCCCUCCAGCCAGAGCAACCCUGCUCCCCAGCCUCGGCCUGUAGGCAGGGUGGGUCCCAUUGUGUUUCCAGACACCCUGCUGUGCUGAGACAGGUUAAUGGAGAGCCAGUCUGGAUAGCUUCCUUCUUGUUUUCCUUCAUAAUUUACUACAAUAAAGCAUCUACUAGCGUCUAAUCUAAGAAUGUAAAAUGAUUCUGUAUCAAUGUAAAUAAGAUUAUCUACUGCAGAAAUAUAUUUAAAACCUAAA